AUGGCUUUGACUUUCACUUCUUCAUCUGCAAUUCAUGGCUCUUUGUCUUCUUCAUCUUCUUCUUAUGAACAACCCAAAGUAUCCCAAUUGGGUACCUUUCAGCCAUUGGAUAGGCCUCAACUAUUGUCGUCAACUGUUUUGAAUUCUCGGAGGCGUUCGGCAGUGAAGCCAUUGUAUGCUGAACCUAAGAGGAAUGAUUCAAUAGUUCCGUCAGCAGCUACCAUCGUGGCUCCUGAGGUAGGAGAGAGUGUUGAGGCAGAGGACUUUGAGAAAUUGGCUAAGGAGCUUCAAAAUGCUUCCCCUCUUGAGGUUAUGGACAAAGCACUUGAGAAAUUUGGAGAUGACAUUGCUAUUGCUUUCAGUGGUGCUGAAGAUGUUGCUUUGAUAGAGUACGCACAUUUAACUGGACGACCAUACAGAGUAUUCAGCCUUGAUACUGGGAGGUUGAACCCGGAGACAUACCAAUUAUUUGACACAGUGGAGAAGCACUAUGGCAUUCGCAUUGAAUACAUGUUCCCUGAUUCAGUUGAAGUUCAGGCGUUGGUUAGGACCAAAGGGCUUUUCUCUUUCUAUGAGGAUGGCCACCAAGAGUGUUGCCGUGUAAGGAAGGUUAGGCCUUUGAGGAGAGCUCUAAAGGGCUUACGCGCCUGGAUCACAGGCCAGCGUAAAGAUCAGUCCCCUGGAACUCGAUCAGAAAUCCCCAUUGUUCAGGUGGACCCUUCUUUUGAGGGGUUGGAUGGCGGUGCUGGUAGCUUGGUGAAGUGGAACCCUGUGGCUAAUGUGGACGGAAAAGAUAUUUGGAACUUCCUGCGUGCCAUGAAUGUGCCUGUGAACUCAUUGCAUUCACAAGGAUAUGUAUCCAUUGGAUGCGAACCUUGCACAAGGCCAGUUCUACCAGGGCAACACGAGAGAGAGGGAAGAUGGUGGUGGGAAGAUGCCAAGGCCAAGGAGUGUGGCUUGCACAAGGGCAACAUCAAGGAUGAAACUGUAAAUGGCGCUGCCCAAACAAAUGGUACUGCUACCGUUGCUGAUAUUUUUGAUACCAAGGACAUUGUUACCUUGAGUAAGCCUGGAGUUGAGAACCUAGUAAAAUUGGAAGACCGAAGAGAGCCUUGGCUCGUUGUUCUUUAUGCACCUUGGUGCCAAUUUUGCCAGGCAAUGGAAGGAUCCUAUGUUGAAUUGGCUGAGAAGUUGGCUGGUUCUGGUGUGAAAGUAGGGAAAUUCAGGGCAGAUGGUGACCAGAAAGCAUUUGCACAAGAAGAAUUGCAGCUUGGCAGCUUCCCUACAAUACUCUUCUUCCCAAAGCACUCUUCAAAGGCCAUUAAGUACCCUUCAGAGAAGAGGGACGUAGACUCCUUGCUGGCUUUUGUGAAUGCUCUCAGAUGA